CAACGCACCUCCACCUGCCUCGCUUCCAAAGGAAGAACCCCCUUACUCCGCUGCAUCUCCAACUGUCGCGGAGCCUGCCGGAAGUUGUAGUCCAAUGUCCAGCUGCUUUGAUGGAUUGGACUACAGUGACCAGCAUGCUCCACGUUUCUUGCCCCCUCCCCCAGGCCCCCCUCAUCUUCUUUAGCCUCAGGCACCAGAGAGGCUCGGCAGACCUGCUGACUGGGAAUCAGAAAUGGCAGCUACUCUGGGCAGCGGGGAGCGCUGGACGGAAGCUUACAUUGAUGCAGUUAGAAGAAACAAAUACGCAGAGGACAGGCCUCCUGAAACUCAUGCCUCCUGUGGCUGCUGUAACUGCAUGAAGGCACAAAAGGAAAAGAAGUCUGAGAAUGAGUGGAAUCAGACAUGGCAGGGUGAGGGGAAUGCCACUUACACGGAGGAGCAGCUGCUGGGGGUACAAAGGAUCAAGAAAUGCAGAAAUUACUAUGAAAUUCUGGGAGUUCCUCGAGAUGCCAGUGAUGAAGAGCUUAAGAAAGCUUACCGAAAACUCGCCCUGAAAUUUCACCCUGACAAGAACUGUGCUCCUGGAGCAACAGAUGCUUUCAAAGCAAUAGGAAAUGCCUUUGCAGUGCUUAGCAAUCCUGACAAGAGACUCCGCUAUGAUGAAUAUGGAGACGAACAGGUGACUUUCACUGCCCCUCGAGCCAGACCUUAUAAUUAUUACAGGGACUUUGAAGCUGACAUCACUCCAGAAGAGCUAUUCAACGUCUUCUUUGGAGGACAAUUUCCUACAGGAAAUAUUCAUAUGUUUUCCAAUGUGACAGAUGAUGCCCACUAUUACCACCGGCGGCACCGACAUGAGAGGAUGCAGACGCGAAAGGAGGAGGAAGAAGAUAAACCUCAGACUACAUAUUCUGCAUUUAUCCAAUUACUUCCAGUUCUUGUGAUUGUGAUUAUAUCUGUCAUUACUCAGCUGCUAGCUACUAAUCCCCCAUAUAGUCUGUUCUACAAAUCGAACUUGGGCUACACCAUUUCUAGAGAAACCCAGAACCUGCAGGUGCCUUACUUUGUGGAUAAAAACUUUGACAAGGUCUACAGGGGAGCGUCUCUGCGUGAGCUGGAGAAGACGAUAGAGAAGGAUUACAUUGAUUACAUCCAGACGAGCUGCUGGAAGGAGAAACAACAAAAGUCGGAGUUGACAAAUUUGGCAGGAUUAUACAGAGAUGAACGACUGAAACAGAAAGCAGAGUCGCUGAAACUUGAAAACUGUGAAAAACUUUCCAAACUUAUUGGCCUACGCAGAGGGGGCUGAGAGGAUGAUAGUUCUACACAGGGUCGGGGUUUUGCUACUUGUUAUUUAUGUUCCUAAUUCCAUUUGAUAAUACAGAACUAGGAAAUGACGAACACUUUACAAUUCGCUAACUUUGGCGGGCUGAGUUAAAGGCACUUGAACGUGGAGCCAGACUUACCACAGAAUCCUUCCUGGGGAUUAGCCCCAGGGGCCCCAAACAGUUCAUCUAGGUUGAAUUAAUGGCAGUACGUUGGAUUCAGCCUUCCUGCCCCACACCCGCCGGGCCUCCAGGAGUGUAGUUCAGGGCGUCCCACAGCAGAUUCAAGUCUUCUGCCUUCCCUUCCUCACUAACCAGUCAUUCCUAGGCGCAGCCAGAGCAGCUUAAUAUUAGUCAUUUACAAAGUGCACCAAGAAUUAUAUCUCUCUCUACAUGAGCGUCAUCGUCUUCCCCAGGGCUCAGCCUUUGGAACAUGUUCCUACUCAUAUUUCCAUUUGCUAAGGGGAAUGUGGAGAAACGUAAACUGUUAUAGUCAAUAGUAUUCUAUUUGUCUAAUCUCUAUUCAGAAUUAUUAGCAAAAUGCCUGAUUUGAAUUUCUUCUUCUACUUCCUUAACUCUCUCUCUUUCUUCAGAGAGUUCAGAAAUUAAAAGCAAUAGAGUGAAACAGUUCAAUGGAAGUAGGGCCCGGGGGUGAAGGUAAAAGGCAACACUUUGUCUCCACUUCUCAGUCCAUCAUAGUGCCCAGAGUAUGUCCUUUUUGUUGCUUCUUUUUGCCACAUCGCAGGAACUGGGUCCCUGCCCCCCACAGAGGUGCAGUGGUCAGACCGAAGGGGAGCUGGCACUGCCAGCCGACUGGACUACUUGCUCGCGCAAGCCUAGAGGGAGAGGGAGAGACCUUCUUUCCAUGGCGGUGGGGGUCUGCUGUUGGCCCCAGCAGUCUCUUUGUCCAACGCAGUGCCCUGUAGUCCGUAGUAAGAAAUGUUUUUUCACCUAGUCAACAUUUAUUGAGUGCCUAGCAUGAAGCAGGGGCUCUCACAUGCAUUUUCUUCCUUUCAUCUCUGCACAGCUCUGUGAAGUGGACCUGUUAUCUCCAUUUUUAUGAAUGAGAAUACUGGCCCCAAGAGGAUGAAUGGUUGGCCUGGGUCACACAAGUGAUAGUGGCAGAGCUACAUGGUAGUGCGAUUAUGAGGUAGAAAGUGUGAGAUCAUCCCAAUUUCUCAGGUGAUUCUAGCCAGAUUUGUAAAGCAGAAUCUUCCCCAAGAAUGCUCCUGUCCCCCCAGACCCUGUGACCCUGCAUUCUUUCUAUGGCAGUCCUUCAUCCAUCAGGACACCUGUCCCCCAGUCGUUAGGAACCAAGACUCUAUACCAACUUAGUAUAUGGAAUGAAAGGUCCCUCAAAGGCAGGCAGCUCUCCCCCUGAUGACGAGGAAGGGGUAAAUUGCUGUCCUGGCCACGUGGUUCUGGGUCUUCCUGCAGACGCAAGCCACCAGACUGAGCCGUCCAGAUCAUCAGGAAUCUGAACCUGGAAGGAUCAGUAGGCGGCUGCAGUCAACACUCAUUUUCCUCAGUUUGGGAGAAAAGUCCCUGUUGGAUGGAGAUUCAACAUGAUAGCCGAUUUUCAGAGUGGAGUUUCUCAUUUCUGAUGCCCGGCCAUGACUCAGACAGAUGUGUCUGGCAUGGUUCACGUUCCGCAGGGUCAGGAGAUGCCUCCAGAGGUAAAGAGUGGGGUGCUGGUAGCUGCUGGGGGCAGCCGCUCAGCUGUGUGUGGGGUGGGGGGCAGCUCCAGAGACAGCCGGAUUUUGCUGUCCGACUGUGUCUGUCCUCCUGGGUUUGGGGGGCUUUCUUGAUUCCCUCUGAGUGACCGAAGGGAUUUACAUGGUAAAAGGUGCCUGUGAGCCCAACAGGCUUAUGGAAAGUUUUCCUGUGCACACACAAAUCAACGUUCUCUUCAACCUCAACCCCUCCUAGAAAAUGGGCCAUAAUUAAACUGACUUGACAAGCUAAAAGAGACCCCGCUCUCCGUGCCCACGAAGCGCAGUCACACAUUUUAUGGAUUUCAUGGCAGACGUUAGUCAUCUGUGUUGGUACCACACAGAGGCAACACUAACUCCAAUAAAUGUCAGGCCUAUCGUCUGUUUUUAUAAU